CACUUAUCCAGGAUAGCAGUGAGAUGUUUACUAUAGUUAACUAUAAAGAUUGCUUGCGUCGACACCAGGCAAACAAAGAUAAAAUUUAGACAAGCUGUAGAGUACAGGAAAGGAGGGAAGUAUAACAGACAGAGAGUUAGAAAGAGAGAUUGAUUGGUUUUUUGCUACUGAUUCUCUAUCUCUCUCAUCUUUCAUGGGUCUUCCAACUCAUACAGCUCAAAACGGCGGCGGUUUCCUUGAUACAGGCACUGCCCGUCUUAAAGAGCUUGGCUACAAACAAGAGCUUAAGCGUGAUCUCUCGGUGUUUUCCAACUUUGCGUUUUCAUUUUCGAUCAUAUCAGUGCUGACUGGUAUAACCACACUUUACAAUACUGGUCUCAAUCUUGGAGGGCCAGUUUCGUUACAGUAUGGGUGGUUCAUAGCUGGUGGGUUCACCAUGAUUGUUGGGUUGGCAAUGGCUGAAAUUUGCUCUUCUUACCCAACUUCUGGUGGUCUCUACUAUUGGAGUGCAAAGCUUGCUGGUCCUAAUUGGGCACCCUUUGCAUCUUGGAUCACUGGCUGGUUCAACAUUGUUGGUCAGUGGGCUGUUACAACCAGUGUAGAUUUCUCACUUGCACAGCUGAUUCAGGUUAUCAUUCUCCUAAGCACAGGUGGAAAAAAUGGUGGUGGAUAUGAAGCAUCCAAGUAUGUAGUUAUUGCUAUGCAUGGGGGGAUUUUACUCCUGCAUGCUGCACUAAAUAGUCUUCCCAUCUCACUCUUAUCUUUCUUCGGACAGCUGGCUGCUGCCUGGAAUCUUGUAGGUGUUGUGGUUCUUACAAUACUCAUUCCCCUUGUUGCAACGGAAAGGGCUAGUGCCAAGUUUGUGUUUACACACUUCAACACUGAUAAUGGGGAUGGAAUCAAUAGUAAAGCUUACAUUUUUGUUCUGGGGCUUUUGAUGAGUCAAUAUACCCUCACUGGGUAUGACGCAUCUGCUCAUAUGACAGAGGAAACUAAGAAUGCUGAUAAGAAUGGACCAAAAGGAAUAAUUAGCGCCAUCGGGAUAUCAGUUAUAUUUGGAUGGUUUUACAUACUUGGUAUCACCUUUGCAGUUACCAACAUCUCUUACCUUUUGAGUGAAGACAAUGAUGCUGGCGGUUAUGCCAUUGCUGAAAUAUUUUACCUAGCUUUUAAGAGAAGAUAUGGCAGUGGGGUUGGUGGAAUUAUCUGUUUGGGAGUGGUUGCCGUUGCCAUAUUCUUCUGUGGAAUGAGUUCCGUUACAAGCAACUCUAGGAUGGCCUAUGCGUUUUCUAGAGAUGGAGCCAUGCCACUCUCAUCACUUUGGCACAAAGUGAACAAUCAGGAGGUCCCCAUAAAUGCUGUUUGGCUCUCUGUGGUCAUAUCAUUCUGCAUGGCAUUGACGUAUCUUGGAAGUGAGGUGGCAUUUCAGGCCAUGGUUUCUAUUGCUACGAUUGGGCUGUACAUUGCUUACGCCCUACCCAUCUUCUUCAGGGUGACUUUGGCACGCAAGUCUUUUAUCCCGGGACCAUUCAACUUGGGUCGCUAUGGUGUCCUUGUUGGAUGGAUUGCAGUCCUCUGGGUAGCAACUAUCUCAAUCCUCUUCUCAUUGCCUGUAACCUACCCCAUCACUAACGAGACACUCAACUACACUCCUGUUGCUGUUGGUGGCUUGCUAAUUCUUACCAUCUCUUCUUGGAUCUUGAGUGCUCGUCAUUGGUUCAGAGGUCCUGUAACCAAUGUAGAAAGCUAAGUACGAGCAUCAAGGAAAGAAAUUCUAUUGAUUAUAACGAGGAUAUUCAUCCUAUCAUGAAGAGGCCUUGAUCAGAUGUACAAGGGAAUAAAAUUUUGCCAGUCGACAAUAGAUAAGCAAGGAAGUUGAUGUUGAUUUAGCACAUCCUUUCGAACAUUGUUCAAUCUAGUUAAAACAUGGAUCAAUCUACUUUUCUUAUCAUUGUCUGAUUAA